CGCUGUAGCACACUCGUCCAACGCCGCUCACGGAGCUAACUACGUAAAGUUUCCCGAAUAAGUUCGUAACCGAACGUAACUUAUCAGUGGUGAAAUUCCAUGGAAUUUGUGUUUUGUUAAUAUCACUAUAAGCAGUGCUGUGACGUAGAAAUCGUACGUUGCAAAGUGAACUUUUAGCCGUGUCUUGAAGCUGUGCCCUCACGGGGAAACGGCCGUGAUGUUGAUGAACUGAAAAGUUUAUGGAUUGAUUAGUAAAAUGAGUGUGGCGUGGUGGCGACAGCGAUACCAGUUUAGAGAACAAGUGCAUUGAGGCUGAACCUCAAGAAAUAUGGCAUUGAUGUACAAAGAGCUUCGGGUUCUGCUACUCGUUGUGAUGCUUCUAUCGAGAGAUUACGGCGUGACAAGCCUCGAACUAUUAGAGCUACGGGUCCCGGCGCAUGUCCCACUUGGCACCCGAGCUGAACUUUCCUGUAGAUGGCAACUCGGCCCGGCCGACAUCCUUUAUUCCGUCAAAUGGUAUAAAGACGGAAAGGAAUUCUUCAGACACGUGCCACGAGAUCAAGAGCCACGAAGAAAAUUCCCUCUCCCGGGAGUCGAUGUUGAAAAGUCGAGCACGAAUGGCGCGAACGUGACCCUCGCCCCGGCCAUCCUGGAGACGGGCGGGCGGUACCGCUGCGAGGUGUCCGGGGAACGGCCGCUCUUCCCGACAGUGUCCGACCACGCUGAUAUGAUCAUCGUAGCGUUACCAGACCAGGGACCUACGAUAACUGGAUCAAAAAUCCGGUAUCAAAUCGGCGACCGGGUGCAGGUGAACUGCACGUCAGGUCGGUCCAGGCCCGCCACCAGGCUCGCUUGGUACAUCAACGGAGAGCCGGCGCCUACCGCCGCCUUACUGACUCCAACCCACCAAGUUCAUAGCGACGGAUUGGAGACGACCAGUUUGGGGCUCGAUUUCAAAGUGAAAUCAAAGCAUUUUAGGAAAGGAGACUUAAAAUUAAAAUGUCUAGCAACAAUAGCAACGGUAUACUGGAGAAGCAAUGAGGAGAGUGUUCAGGGAGAGAAACUGAAAGGUUAUUCUAGGUCUCGGGAGCUGACCGAGGGUGCUUCCCGAGCUGAUCGCGUCCAAGCAGCAGGAAAAUUAGGGGGCUCUGCUCCCGCGCUUCAGCUAACCCACUGUUUACUAAUAUUCAGUGCUACAUUACUACAAACGCUACCAACACGAUUACACGUGGACUUUGUUUAAAUACGCUUCAAAAUUAAUAUGGAGAAAUCACUGAACAUACACUAUACUUUAUAAACAAUAAAACAGACCGACUUCAAAAUGUAGUUCUGUUUUUUUUACUGUUUCAUAUGUAUUCAAAAUAAAAAUCUCAUUAAUACUAUCAUCCUCUUUAUUUUAUUCAAACAUUAUUAUAAUUUAUAAACAAUUUUCCGCAAGACCGAUUAGUUCUGCAUCGAAUCAAUUAAAUAUUUUCACACUCAUUUAACGCUUUUCUGAUUGAUACAAUGGAAUGUCGAUCCUGGUGACCAAAAUUUCGGCUAAAAGCUUCCCUUCAUUAUGAAAUAAACCACUUAUCAAUUAUAAAGCAAUAACGUUUUAAAAAUCGCGAACAUAAUUAGUGUUCGGUAUUUUCCAUUUUAAUGUUAUAUUUUUUUCUGUCAGCUAAAAGCUUCCAUACCAGUUUCUCACUUAGUGUCUAAAAAUUAAAACAAAGGAUUCCUUGCAUUUUGAAGUCGGUUAUUUCAUGUUUUUUUUUUAUUGUGAUGAAUGUGCCAUUGGAGUUGCCACCUCAAGUAAGUUCCAAAGAUUUAUUAGCUUACCAAAGUGCGUAAUGGUGUUUUUAUUUAUAUAAUUUAUGUGCCUUUUCAGUAUUUAUAUCAAAAUUUCUUAGAUCCGUGGGACUUCAAGAGGCUUUAUGUGAUGUUGUUCAAAUUGAAAUUCUGUCUUAUACCUACUAUGAGUCUAUUCAUCAUAGUUCGGUGGUGAUAUUCAAUAUAUUUUUUGUUAAAAAAUGUACAUUUGUACUCAAAUGCACAAAUGUACUCACGCGAUAUCCUAAUAUAUGAACAUAAUUGGAUCGAGCACAUAUCGUAUUCUCAAUGUAUUUCCUACUAUACUUAAGCCUGGUUCUCAUGGUGAUAACUAAUAGAAACUGAUCAUAUCGAAAAAUAUAUGUAUAGAGUUGGAUCGGUUACUUAAUGAGCAAUUAUUAUUGAAACUUAUCAAGUAGCCAAUGAUACUAAGAGAAUGAGAACGCGAUCCCUUCGAUUAAUUUUUAUAAUUUCAUUUACCUACACCAAAAUAUUAUAAAUAGCGCUUAGAAUCAGGAACUAUUUUUUUUUGUACUCAGCAAAAAAUACUGUGUAUACACCGUUAUUGUAACAUAAUUUUAAAAAUAACAAAUCAACUGAUAUAUUUUAAACGAAUUGUUUAAUAUUCUCCUAAAUGAAUUGAACAGGUGAACUAUUGAAAACAUUUUAAAGUAAAAAGUAAAACAUUUCAAUCACUUCCACCAGUAAUGACGAACUCCUAAAAUAUUUAUUUAUUAGUAAUUUUUUACUGGCAACAUUCUACAUAAUACAGCGCUCAAUUAUCAAAUUUCUUAUUUUGCAGACCGAUUUGCUUAUUUUAUUUAACAAUCAUGCCCUAUUUAACAAUCAUAGUAUAAUUCAAAAUAGCGUAAAUGACACGCAUAUCAUGAGG